AUGAAGUUCAACGAGGAGUUUGCGAACUUUGUGAGCAGCAACGAGCUCGGGAAGAAGGCGAGAGCCUAUCACAUCGUGUCGAUCAUCGGGGGGCAGAGCAGCGGGAAGUCGACCCUUCUGAACCAGCUGUUCGGGACGAGCUUCGAGAUGAUGGACUCGAAACGCGGGAGGCAGCAGACGACAAAGGGGAUCUGGUGUGCGUGCGCCAAGAGCGGGGAGAUCCUGGUGAUGGACGUGGAGGGGACGGACGGGAGGGAGAAGGAGGACCAGAAGGCGUUCGAGGGCAAGAGCGCGCUGUUCUCCCUUGCUCUGACAGAUAUCAUGAUGAUUAAUAUGUGGAUGCAUGAAGUGGGGCGUUUUAACGCUGCGAAUCUUCCUCUGAUCAAGACUGUCAUUGAGGCUCACUUGCGGCUGAUGUUCGCCGGCGGGUACGUGGAGAAGCACGUUGCGAAGCCGCUGCUGCUCUUCGUCCUCAGGGACUGUGACGACAGUACGCCUGUGGAGAGGCUGAAGGAAGACGUGGUGAAAGACAUCGAGAAGAUAUGGAAGGAUGUUAGCAAACCCGCGAACUUCCCUGAUGCCCAGCUGACGGACUUCUUCAACAUCGAGUGCAAGGCCCUUCCCCACUACGUGUACUGCAAGGAACAGUGGAAGGAGGAGGUGGAGUCGCUCGCGCGGCAGUUUGACGAUGAUGCGAGGGAGGACUACAUCUUCAGAGGGCAUGGGGAGAAAGAAGUUCCGGCUGAUGGGAUUGCAGACUUUGCCGGUCAGUUGUGGAGAGACAUUGAAGCUGACAACGAGCUGGACCUGCCGACUCAUAGAAAGAUGUUGUCGAUGGUGAGGUGCGAAAGGAAGCGGCAGAUGAAGUUUGCGGCGUUCCAGGCUGAGUCGGAGUCGAGCAGAUGA